CAGCCAACUCAAAAACGAUCCGCAAGUGAAAAACUAAAGCCAUCAUUAGUCGGGUCAACUCACUGGUAAACAAUAACAAAAGUUUCAAAAUUUAUCAAUUAAAAGUGGAUCUCUUACACCUGUACAUCUUUCCUGGGGUUCAGUGUUUCUAAAAGUGAACUGUACAAAAUAAUCCGCCCAAUGGAAGUGGACACCGACCUCGAAGUGAAUGACACCAGUCCAGCGUUGGGUAGUGGCUUUACCAAAGGCUACUCGCACAAUCUGCCGUGCGUCAGUAGCGAAACGAUGUGGGCCUACGCAGUCCAGCUUAUGCGGUCCGCUUCGGAAAGUCCGGAUGCGUUGAAAAAUCUCAACUCGGUUGCAGCGAACAAACCGGAGUUUACGGACGAUUGUAUUUGCUACGUUCAGUUGAAGCGCGAUGAUAACAUUUGUGUCGUCAAAGGUCAAAUAAUUACGGGCUACAAUGAUGAAGAAGCAAAGGCUUACCAGCUGUCGGCGACCAUCAACGAGGAGGAUGACCGGGUCGUAUCGAUUGAUUGCAGCGAAUGCAGCGAGGCAGGUGACUGUCGGCAUGCAAUCAGUUUCCUUAGUUGGCUGCACCGGAAAAGUGAAGGUGACGACAGCAGUGAAGUAAUAUGCUAUUUCCGCCCACCAAUCGCUGCUGAGCUCGAAAUCAUUCCUGCGAAACCACCGCUGAACAAAACUAAGGCAAAAAAUUUCAUCCGCGAAAUUGUUCGCAUUCUACAGACUGAAGAUAUUGACUGUCCGCUGCGAUGGAACUUCUCAUCGACUAACAAAAAAUUUGCCAACCUGUCGAUUCACGAGAUGGUUAUGACUGCCGUUAAAAAUAGAUACGACGCGGCUCAGUUCUUUGAGCACGCACACUCUGUUAUACUUUCGUCACAGGCGGUUUUGGCCGAUAAGUUAAAGUUCACACCGAAAUUUAACCCGUGGUACUUAGAAUUACGUUACGCUCGGAUUACUAGUGCAAAAGUUUCGGAUUGUAUCAAUCUACAUGUCACUCAGGCAGUACUAUACGAAACCAUUCUUGGAUGUCAUAAGGAAACUGAUCCUGUCAUACAACGCAAGAAGCUAGCCGUUCGGCAACGGCUGGAAAAGUACACUAAAACAAAGUACGAAAACUGCAAACUUUCACUAAACCCCAAUUACCCGAUAAUCUUCGAUGUGCCGGACGGUAUUUGCCAGUCGCACGUGAUUGAGAUUAAAUGCCCCAAGACGAAGGAUCACAUGCAGAAGUAUGUCACCGAAAACGGAUCCAUCUGCGAGAAAUACUACAUGGAGAUUCAGAUCCACAUGUACAUGCAUGGAAAAACGGCUGGUGUCGUGUGCGUAGCGGAUCCAAAUUUCGAAACCAACAAUGAGAUCUACAUGCACUCGUUCAAUCUGAACCGGAGCUUUGCCGUCAACAAGCUAAACAAAGCAAUGGACUACUGGAAAAAUAUUGUCUAUCCAGAGCUUUACAACAGCUGGUCGGAGUAAAGUUUCCUGCCGUCGAAAGCCUAGCAGGUAAAUUCAAGUAAAGUCGAGUAAGUUUUUAAAUUGGAUUUUUUUUAUUUCAAUAAAUUUUUACAUUUAAUCUUCCUUCUAUUCGUGUAUUGUCGCUUAGAUUUGUAAGGACAAUAAAUAUAGAUUUUUUUCUUAGGUAUUAACAUAUCAAA